UGUAGGUUUGCUGGCGUCAUUUUGCAAACCUUGCAAUGGCAGACUGCGAUGAGGAGGAGGGCCGCAUCCCGCUCCCGCCGCAGCUGAAUCGACUUCCAAAAGAGAAGCUGAGCCAAGUGGGCAAGGCGCUGGAGGAGCUUGCUGCCACAGGAUUGAAGGAUUUGCCCGAUGUGGCAUUUCUGGCCAUGGCUGUGAAGCCCUACGCAUCACGCCCCCCUCUACCUGCGGAGGACAAAUUAAGCACCUACCAGGCGAUGAGCCUUUGGACCUGGACUCCCAACUGCCGGGCCAAAGCGCAGUCGCAGCCGCAGGCCGCUUUGGCGCCUUCGGCAACUUCGGUGUCGGCAGACGAGCCGCCGCCCCGUCUUCGGGCGAUAGCAAAGGACAUCACCGCGAGGGUCGAGCGGUUGAAGGCCCGAUUAAAGGAUCGAGCAGAGAGUUUGUCCUGGCUGAGACGGCGGAGAAGGUUUCAACCCCGCGCGCCGGAGGUGGUGGUGGACGAGUGGCUGCAGGCCAUGCUGGCCGCAGACGCCCAGCUGCGGGAGAUGGCCACCAUGGGCGCGGUCAAAGUUCUGGGCGACGGACCAGGCGUUCUGUUUGAAUACAGCCCAGCCGCGCGCCCGUCUGCCAGACUUCCAGCACUGAGCCUGCGCCCGGACUGGCAGAAGCGGGGCCACUUCGCCCGCUUCGAGCCGCGGAAGCUGCCGGGCCAGCCACUCACGGUGCAACCUGCCGUUCUCACCGUCCACCUGGGUGCGGAAGGUUGCGAGACUGCUGCCAGCCUUUGGCAGAGCCUACUGGAGCAGCACUGGGUCAGCGCGAACGGCGCGCCAAUCGGCUGCCCCUCAGCGGUCUUUGCGGAGAGCCGAAGCGGCAGGCAUGUGCCGCGGGCAAUUCUCGCCGGCUUCGGAGAAGCUGCGAGCCGCGGGCUGCUCUCUCCGGCUUCCGUUUUGGUGGGGCAGAAGGAAGCUUCACUGAGCCCCGGGGCUGCAUGGACCGCAGGAAAGGAGGGCAACUUCAGCGAAGCUGUGCUGGAGGCCAUGCGCCUGCAAGUGGAACACAUGGACUACUUCGAUGGCUUUCUGUUGUCCUACCAUGCGGGAGAAGAUGCGCAGACCAGCGGUCUGGCCGCCAAAGUCCUGGAGCAGGUGAAGGAUUCAUACCGGACGACCUUAGUGACGGUGGCCGGCAUUGAGGACCCCACUGACACAGAACUUCGGCGGAGUGCUGCGAUGGCUUUGUGUUCCGUCUCGGCUCUGGAGCUGAUGCAGCACUCUGGGAUUGUGGCCCUCUACGACCGAUCCGCAAGUGGACUUCAGGCGAAGGCGAGUGUGGUGUCUCAGCUGCUGGCUGGGCUUACUGAGCCCCGGCGUCUGCCCGGCUGCGGCCGCACCGGGAACUUCUUGGGGCUGAUGCAGAGCCUCCGAAGCUACGAGAACGCAUUGAAUUUGGCAAUCCCUUUCUGCGGCAGCGCACCCCGGGCCGAGAUCGAUGGAAUGUGCCACUACACGCUUGCGAAGGAAACAUUGCUGAAGGGCAGCUUGUGUUCAGCGCUGAAUGGUGAGACCAGGUCCCGAGUGCGCGGUACGAUUUCCAUAGUUAUGAACUGCCGUGGCAUGCAGCAUUCGGCGGCCAUGAGCGCUGUCGCGGACCUCCGCGAGACAAACCUGCACGGCGCGCCGGUGCUGGGACGAGCAGGCGUCACCAUCCACAGCUAUGCUGCAGAUGCCGAGCCUGGUGUGGUGGCGUUGGAAAAUACCACCGAUGUGGACGAGCUGUUUGGGAGUUGGAGGAUAGCAGCCGAGGAGUUCAGCGAGAUCCGGGGCGAAGGCACGCUCUCGGACCUGGAAAACAAGAGGAUGGAGUACCAGGAUGCCGCAACUUGGGACUUUGGCGGGCACGGCGGAGGUGAGGAGUGAAGAAAGCCAUGUCGUUGAACCCAUGAUGUGAACUUCGGGUGAAUCUGCCAGAUUAUCCUCUGGUGGAUAGUUCGGGGGGGAGGUGCCUGAACAGUGAAGAAGUAGUGGGGGUUUCCAUUUAACCCACUACAAGCCAAAGUUUUGGCAGGGGGUCUGAGAACAGCGCA